AUGGCCGCAGCUCGCGCCAUGCUAGACGACGUCCACCAAGACCUGCCCAGGCAUACGAACGACACCAACACCUACAUGCUCGGCAACAUCCAGCGCCACAAUGUCGUCGUUACGUGUUUGCCGACUGCCCAGUACGGAACGAACAACGCGGCGAACGUGCUGACCCACCUCAUACGAACCUUCCCAUCGAUGCGCCUUAGUUUGAUGGUGGGAAUCGGAGGUGGAGUGCCGAGCACGGUUGAUAUGCGUUUGGGCGAUGUUGUUGUCGGGACGAAUUACGAUCUAGGGAAGAUUAUCAGAGAUGGACAGAUUCAGCGCACUGUGAUCCCGAAGAGCCCGCGUCACCUACUCGGCACGGCCGUAUCGUCCCUACAAGCAAGGCAUGAACGCGACGGUAGCCGAAUCCCGCUCAUAUUAGAGGGAAAGUUCGACGGACACUCUAAGUACGGCCGCCCAAUCACGGCAGACCGCCUCUUUUUCUCGACGUACGAUCAUACAUCUACAGCACCUAGCUGCGAUAAAUGCGACCAUUCGAAGCUAGUACCUCGACGCAAGCGGAGCACGGAUAACCCGAUGAUACAUUACGGCACGAUCGCCUCAGGCAACCAAGUCAUAAGGAACGGCGCCCAGAGAGACAACAUCGCUCAGCAACUAGACGCUAUCUGUUUCAAGAUGGAGGCUGCCGGUCUGAUGGAUAUUCUCCCCUGCCUGCCUAUCCGGGGGAUUUGCGAUUAUUCUGAUUCUCACAAGAACAAGGAAUAG